AUGGGUUCAAAGUAUGACCGAGUUAAGGUGAAAGUUCAUCUCGAUGAUGAGCAUUACUAUAUACUGUCGCGCUUCAUACUGUCAAAAAUGCUUACAGCAUGUAAGUUACCAACCACAGCGGCAGUUUGCGUGAGCCUUGCGCUAAAGAAAUCGUUGGUGGAUCAGGAAAGGCUUGAUAUAUCGCAGAGGGAGCUGGAGGCUGCCACUCUCUCAACAAUGGCGCAACACGGUUACGGGGCCGCGUUUACACGCCUUCUUCCGGUUAUGACUCGUUUUUUCAUUGAGCGCACCCCGCUUAUUGUUUUCAUGGCCGGGAGUGGGUGCUGUGGCAAAACCUCUAUGGCACGUUCUCUGAGUGUGAGACUGAAUACGCACAACAUUGUCAGUACGGACUUGUUGCUCGAUAUUCUUAGAGCAACGCACCAUGCGUACCCAUCUAGUGCUCUGCGCGGUGAUCUGGUUGAGCUUUCCGAUGAAAGAGUGUUACCAUGUGUAAGCGAACAUUCGCUAUGGUUGAGUGACACGUUAGCGGUUGAUGAUUUUGUGCGGCUGUGGCGAACGCUUACGAGAGCCAUUCGCUCGUUAGUGGAAGGAGAGGUAGAAAAAGCGUUAGUGGAGGGGAAAGUUCUCAUAGUGGAGGGGAGUCUUAUUGACCUCUCACUGUACCACAAUUACCUGUUGGAUAGCUUUCAAUCCCAACGUGGUGUUAUUGCAGUGGCAUUUCAUAUCAGCUCUGAUGAAAUGUCUCGCAACUUUGCAGUUGAACGGCUUGUCUCCACGUAUCGCAGUGUACUUCCUCUUUCCUAUACCGAUAAUUACAAUGGUGCUCUGGAAUGGGUUCAGUGUCGGUUGAGGGCUAUUGAAGGGGAACACCUCCGAGUGUUACGAGGUGACAGCAGUGCCAUGCAGCUCCAUUGUAUUGAUGACAGUUUGUGUGACCCAGCUACCGGUGACUCAACCUCCGUACGGGAUCUUAGUGAAUCGUACAGUAAUGAGACUUCCUCUACUUGUGAUACACGACAGUUAAGGUUAUCACAAGACAAUGCAGAAAUAGUUCCCGUAUAUGGUGUAACGAACAGCAUGGCUGCAUCCUCAAGGGUAUGUGAGUCCAUGCACGGUCUUAUUUUAGACCGAAUAAUCAGCGCACUGAAACAAAAAGGACCACUAAAUUUGGAGCAUGGAAACGUAGUUUGGUGUCAAGCAAUGGAUUCCGAAUACAUGUCGCCUACUAACGAUACGUGA